UACAUUUAUAUCUAUAAAUGUAUUGAAUUCUAUAAUUCAAUAAUGUAUGUAGAGAACAGAGGAAGUCAGAAAGACAUGUGUCAACACUGUGUUUAUGAUUUAUACCUAUCAGCUCCCUGGUUGUCUUAAAAUUGUAACUGUUUAAAGCUCAUUAUGAAUAACCCAAGAUUUAUUACAUUCAUUUGGAUAAAAUGGACAAUACGGUUGUUAUAAAUCAAAGCAAGUAAAACCUAUAUGCCACUAGGAUUGUUUAUGAAUAUGUUAUUUCUCUUGUUAUUCAGGAUCCCAUUGACAUGUUUGCAUAUAUGCACAUUUACUUGAACUUAUCAUGUAAAAAUUAUCAGCAUUUAUCAACUCUUCUGUAGUCGGCACCAUGCUGAGCACUCCAGUGUCAAGGAGGAACACAGGAGAGUUCCAGUCACAUAGCUCCAUGAAGGUCUCGUUUCAACACCAUAUCCCACAUGGCAACAAAAGGAUAUAAAAGAUAAAACUAAAACGAUAUACCUAGUCUCAAAAUCAAGACAAACAUUUCUAAGGACCAGGAGGUGACCAGAAAUAGAAAGUGAUAAGUAGGCCUGGAACUCUGAGCCUGCCAAGCUCCUGGCCAGAAGCAGGAAGUUGCUUAACUACUCCUCAGCCACUUCUCAGGAGAUGGUAGAGCUCAUGCCUGAAGGAAGGGAUGGAAGCCAGGAGAAUCCUUCCCCCUGCCUGAUUUCCAUCAUUGUUAAUAGACACUAAAACGUUAGCUGCCAGCUCUGCCUGGGGCUGUGGUCUUAUUGUAAGCUGUGAACUAAGGGGCAAAAGUAGGAUAAAAACACAGUUUAGUGACCAGAAACUGAAAAAGUUGUCUGCUGGUUCUGUAAUAUCCCUAAUGUCGUCCUUCUAAACUAUUAUUCAAGGAUGAGGCUGGCGCAGUGGCUCACACCUGUAAUUCCAGCACAUUGGGAGACCAAAAUGGGAGGAUUGCUUGAGCGCAGGAGUUUAAGACCAGCUGAGCAACAUGGCAAAACCCUGUCUCUAUAAAAAAAUACAAAAAAUAGCAGAUAUGGUGGUGUGUACCUGUAGUCCCAGCUACUCAAGAGGCUGAGGUGGAAGAAUCACCCGAGCUGGAUUAGUCGAGGCUACAGUGAGCCAUGAUUGCACUAUGGCACUCCAGCCUGGGGGUCGGAGUAAGACCCUGUCUCCAAAAAACAAACAAACGAAAAGGGAUGAGGGCAAAAUUAAGACAUUUUAACAUAUGUGGAAUAAGAGUAUAAGAGUAUUUACUAUUCACAUAACCUUUCUAAAAGAAAUACUAAAUGGUGCACUCAGUAGGAAAAAAUGUCCCAGAGGGAAGGUGUGGUGGGCUUAGAAAAUAAUAGUGAAAUUGAUUGAAAUAUUAGCGAUGUAAGUAGUCAUUUCUUGUAUUUGAAAUGUGUGAACAUGAUUUGUUCAAUUAUAGCAUUAAUUUAAUUUAACUACAAAAAUAAGCUCUUAAGAUACUGCAAAUGUCCAAUAUGUCCAAUAGGACCUUGUUGUUAGGUAACCAGAAGAGAGAAUGACUUCUGAGUCAAAGCAGUCUAAACAGAGAAAAGGAAAUUUAGGUGUACCUUGAAGAAAUAUGUAGGAUUCAGCUUUGUCAAUCUCAUUGGAGGCUGUGCAGUGAAAAAGAGCAAUGUGAGCAAAUUGCAUUUAGGUAGUGACUCAUUUUGAGGGUAGUUUGGCCAGAGUUUAUGUAAGAGAGUGAUUGGGGAGGUUAUUUUGAACCUUUUGGAAUCCUUCUAGUAGGCACUGGGGUAUCUGUAUUGAGAUAAAUGAGAUGGUAUCCUUUUUAGCUGACUUUUUUCCAGGCAAGCCCUAGCAAUUUGUCUUCUCUAAAUGAGCAACAUAUGUAUCUUUAAGAAAUUCACAGUAAUUGUCUUCAGGGCUUUCUCUUUUUCUUUGUAGAAUGCCAUAUUCUCAAGUUGUGUUUUCUUUUUCUGAUGAUUAGCUUAGGUAAUUUGAAAGGCUCUACCUCUUUGUAUUAUAUCAGCUUUGGUUAAAACCUGUUUUUGCUUUGUUCCUUGGUUGAUCCUUAGACUGAAUGAAGGCCAAUUAGAUAUUAGUAUAAAGUAAGUGAUAUCAUAGCAUCAGAGAGAAUCUUCUGUAAACCAGAGCCUGCUUCCAGUUUGUAUUGUCUAGAGAACAAAGGGUAUCUUUGCACCAAAGAGACUGGGAGAAGUUGGUAUUUACUUUGCUUCAAGUAUAAAACUGUAGAGCAAGGCUUAAGGAACUCCUAAAGGAAGGGCACCUUCUAGUACCCUUCUUUUUCCUCUUUUACAGAUGGAAGAAAUUUUUUUUUUGGCUUUUAAUUUUUUUUUCUUUUUGAAUCAGAGUUUUGCUCUUUUGUCCAGGCUGGAUUGCAGUGGUGCAGUCAUAGCUCACUGCAGCCUCAAACUCCCAGGAAUUUCCUGGGAUUGCUCAAACAAUCCUUUCUGCCUCAGCCUCCCAAAUAGCUGAGCCUAUAAGUGCAUGCCACUACAUCCAGCUAAUUUUUUGUUUGUGUGUGUAUUUUUUUGUAGAGACAGGGUCUUGCUAUGUUGCCAAGGCUGAUUUCCAACUCAUGGCCUCAAGUGAUCCUCCCGCCUCAGCCUCCCAGAGCACUAGAAUUAUUGGCAUGAGCCACUGUCCCUGGCCCAUUUGUUUUCAUGUCAAACUGGUAAUGUGCCAACAUAGUAACAAGGUUUGAGGGAGGCACAUCUCACACACCAGCAUGAAAACCAAAUCGUGUUGCUUAUGAACUACAAGUGGACUAGGAAGAGAUUAUAAUGAGGGAGUGAGAUGGUGGAUGCCAACUUAAAGAAUAGCAAGGAAUCGAAUAUGUGGUUGCAGCAGCCAGCACUCAUGUGAUCUUUGACCAUGGGCCGGAGGAAUCUGAGUCUUGUCUCUGGAAUUCCCAGAAGUACCUUAUUUUUCAUAAGCUCUUACUAACGUGCUUUAACCAAGUUGCUGUAUGUCCAGAAUUAUAAUGAAUCUUUUGAGGUUAUAAGAAAAAAAAAAUAAGUUGGAACUUAAAGAAGAGCCACUGUUUGCAAGAGGGCUUAAUCAUAUCUUCAUAUCUCUGCAAUUAAUCUGUAGGUUUGCAUAGAGUAGCAAUUUGGACCGUUUAUGUAUUUUUCUCUCAAUAAAUUGUUUUAGAAGCUAGAUUACUUUGCAGCAUAAAGCACCUACUUUUUCUUCUGACUUACCUGUUACCAGUGUUGUAUUUUGUCCUCUCCCCUCAGUUUCCUACUUUUCCCUCAGAUUGCCUUAGCUUCUGCUUUGCUUAUGUUCUUCCCACUAUUUGAUGUGUAUGUCAUACAUUUAUCACCUUGUUACUGCUUAUGGCUGUUUUCCUUUUCCCACAUUUCCUUUACAGUCUGUUACUUCCUUUCUUUUUACUUCUUUUUACUUCUGUUACUUCCUUUCUUCAUUCUCUCCUCCUCUAUUUCUGUUUGCCUUGGUUUCCUCAUUUGUUGAAAUCGUUUUCUUAAAGGGGUUUCUUAAAGGUUAUAGUGAGUUGACUCAUGGAUUAAUCAAAGUGUUUCUUUUUAACUUUAUUUUAUUGUCAGGCCUUAUUAGCCAGCAGAAUAAUAAAGCCAAUCAUAGUAUAUUCUUAAGUUUGAGUAAACUUUUGUUGAACUUAUUUGGUUAUUUGAGGUUUCACUAAAGAAUGUGAGUUAGAAAAAUGGCAGAGUGAUAGGGACGUGCUUUCAUGUCUGAGUAUUGACCUGUGAUGUAAUGGGAGCAAGAAUGAAACAUAGUUGCCAUAUGCAGUGAUGUGAUCUUGGGAUAUGAGACAAUUUGCACUCUCAACCUGCUUGACUAGAUAUUUAUAGCAGAAAUGCUAAAAUGAAAACAAAAACAAGAACUUUGUUCUUGAAAAAACUUCUAAUUAGACUUUAAAGUUUUGGAAUAUAGUAAAAAAAAUAGUGACUGGAACUUAGUAAAUUAGAAAGGUUUGUUUUGAUGUGAGAAGUAUGGCCUGUACCCCACCUUCUUGGUACUUGGUAGUUGCUUGUAUUCUCUUUAAAGAUUUACCUAUACAAUAGUUAGAAGUGAAAUAUAAUAUUAAGACCAAAUUAUUUUAUAGAAUAUUAACAAAUUAAGCAAAUAAAUUAAGUUUUAUUUUUAUAGAUGAGACCAUUCACUUUUAUAUAUCAAAAUGCUAGCUUGCAUGUGUCAAUAUAGAGAUGUUACUGUUAGACUCAAAUGAUCUAGAAUAUGAACUUCCAAGUUAGAGUUUAUUUGCAAAAGAAGUUGAAUCAUAAAAUAUCUAAAUUACUUGAAUUAUAUUUCUCUUAUAAUCAUUCUUCUAUUUGCUUAGCAAUAAGAUAUUUUAUCUGUGAUGGGCUUCCUUUUUCUUUUUACUCUCUGCUUUUACUCCUUAACUUUUUGUCUUUAAAAAAAGUUGCAAGGUACUAGCACUAAACAUUCAGUAAAGGAGUAGAUAAGGCUGGGCAUGGUGUCCCACGCUUGUAAUACCAGUACUUUGGGAGGCCAAGAUGGGAGGAUCUCUUGAGACUAGGAGUUUGAGAUAAGCCUCAGUAACAUAGCAAGACUACAUCUCUACAAAAAAAAGAAAAAAAAAAGGAGUGAAUAAAAUAGGAACCUCUAAAUAGUAUUUAUCUUUGCAAUAACUUUUAUAAAAUUUGAGAUUCAAACUCCUUGUUUGAUACACUCUAAAUCCAAGUGGGGGUAACUUGUUUUAAUUCCAAAUUUGUACUUAAGUGUGGGAAUAGCUCAUCUUUUUCAAAUACAUUCUAAAUAAAAAAAAAAAAUGGGUAGGAUCUGCUUAUAUAACUCAUACUGUUAUAUGUGUUUUUUUGUUUUUUUUUUUUUUUUUUUUUAACCCAAGCUUACAUAGGUUUUCUCUAAUGCUAGGUGAUCUGAAGGAAAUCAUUAAAAUCUUUGGGUUGUUUGAAAUUCCUUGCCUCUCUAUUUGAAGUUAGUCUGGAUCAAAGGGACCAGGAUUUAAGUUUUUAAAAGAAACUUUGUAAAAAUAAAAACUCCUUUAGGGAGACUUAUGCAAAUACUCAGUUGGACUUUUCAAAUAUAGUACUUAAAUCCAGAAAUAAAUGUGUAUUACUAUAUACAAAUUUAAUUGCCUUCCAAAAUAUAUUACACCAAAGGGAUAUUCAUUUUAUGCUUUGAAGUUGGGUUCAGAAAAAAUUUUUUUGUGUGACCUGGUGAUGUCUGUACAUUGUUAUUAAUUUGGAUUAUAAGUUUUCUUUGGAACAGUUCAAGGGGCUUUGUCUUUAGAAACAAGAUGAUAUGUUACCAGGACCUUACCUCCUUUUUCAUUCUUCUUGCCUCCCUCUUUCUUUCACUCAUCCUCUUGAAAAGGUUAUAGUCAUUUAUCACUGUGAGAAUAGGCACUGCAAAUACUAUUAUGAAUAUGAGACCAUUAUCCUUCCCUUCCUCCUCCCAUCCCCAGAGAUAUGGUGAGAGAUCUUGUAAAACUUAGUUUUUGGCAAUGUCAAAAGGUGUGAAUAAGUUAAGAUCAUAGGCCAGGUGUGGUGGCUCAUACCUAUAAUCCCAGCAAUCUGAGAGGCCAAGGCAGGAGGAUCUCUUGGGCCCAAGAAGUUCGAGACCAGCCUGGGCAACACAGCAUGACAUCAUCUCUACUAAAAAUUAAAAAUAAAAUAAUUAGCCGGGAAUGGUAGCCUGCCCCUGCAGUACCAGGUAUUCAGGAAGCUGAGGCAGGAGGAUUGGUUGAGCCCAGGAGUUUGAGGCUGCAGUGAGCCAUGAUUGUACCACUGCAGUCCAGCUUGGGUGUCAGAGCAAGACUCUGUCAUUCAUUCAUUCAUUAAAAAGGAAGGAAGGAAAGGGAAAAAAAGAUCAUAAUAGCAAUGACUGAGCAUUUUUCAUAUGCUCCUGGCUUUCUAAAAUCUGAGUUCAGCUGUGGUUGUCCUGGACACUGUCUGAGUCGCUGUUGUCAGUGUAUCAGUAUCAACAGGAACCAUCAUUGCAAAUACAGUCAGAGACUGGGAAAAGCAAUUGUUUCCAAAAGUUAUGCUUCUUUGAUCUACAUAAAUGGUACAUUUUAGCUUUAUGCAAGAUUAGGGAUUAUUUUAGAGAUUUAUGACAAUUCCCAUUUGUUCCUAUAUAGGGGAUCUGAGCUUGACGCUUGAUGCUGGAUUUGACUAACUCCCUGCAAAGCCAGUAGGGUGUAGAUGUGUAUUACCAAGGCAUUACACUUGGCAAAGGAAGGAAUGAAUGCUGCAUUGCCUAAUAUCCCAUAGGGAUGGGAAGCAGGAGUGUAUAACAUUCCUUCAGUGUGAUUGAGGGCUGUGUUGACUGUAUGAGUAAGACAAUGUGACUUGAAGAUAUUAAGUAGAGUCCAUACUUAGGUCAUUAGAAUUCUUGGUCAUUGACCUAGAUAUCAGGAAAGCAAAUAGUGUUGGGUGAUUAACCAGGGCAGAUGCCUUAAUUUAGAAAUGCAACAAAGAACUUACUAGUUUUCAUUUUUCCAGCUCCUCAACCUUUUCUUUCAUCUUUCAUUCUCUUGUAGUAUUAGGCAUGGUCGGUGACAGAUCUUUGCCAAGGUCUAAUACUGAAUAUUACUAACAGCAUGGUGAUAAAUGUCUCUUCUGUUUCUUUUUAAGGCACAGGUUAUCUUGUUGCUAACAUAACUCAGAACUCUGAUACCAUGACCUGCUUAGUAAAUAAAAUACUUUCCUUCUAUCAAUAAUUGUGUACGCUUACUUUUUGUUGUUAUUGUUGCUUUGUAACCAAAGUAUUAGAAUGCCCAUCUCCUUUGGUGUUUCUUUGCAAAUUCAGUGCCUGAACCAAUACUUAUCACCUAUUUGUCAUGGCAAUUUUCAUUAUAAGAUUAGGUAGUGAGUUGUUGUAUAGAAAUAGAAAUAUGAGAAUUCACUUUAAAUAUUUACCCUCUUCAUUUUUGUCAAAAGUAUAAUGAUCCUGGCUUGAGUACCUGGAACAGGUUAACCUGUGGAUUUUUCUUCUCUAAAAUAUUUAAGCUUAAAGGUGCCUCUGAUGACUGCUACAGGUUUUAUCUAGCCCCAGUUACAGCAUUCUGAGUCUUUUGGGUGUGCCUCAACAUAGUAGCAUACUUUAUGGCACAUAUAUGGUCGCUUGAUAUGGGCAUUGGGACAGCUCUCUUCUUGUGUUUACACUUCACAAUACGAACUGGAGCAUUUGCUGAUCCACACCCAGGAGGUUCAUUCUGGCUAACAGCCCAGUAAAGUCUACCAUUUGGGAUGGUAAUGGUCAGCUAGGACUUGCCUAGGCUUUCAGCAUUGGAGUUUGCAAUAAAUAUGUGAAACAUACCUUGGUCUUGAAGAGCCUGACUGUGGAGCAUGCCAAUCAAUUGUAAUGAGUUUUGUUUCAGUGUUUUUGAAAUGGCAUUUGCUGAGCUUAGUGACAUGCUGCCCUUAAAUAUGUUAGGAUACCCUUUUGCCUUCUAUGACUUAAUUGUAGUUUCCAAUGUAUGUCAUUUAUAAAUAUAUUCUUUCAGCCAGGCCUAAGUUUUGAGCCUAACAACACAUCUGUGUUGGUAUAUUUUCAAGGGUUUUUUAAGAGACCUAAGUAAAAUAUUCUAGCAUAUUUCUUAUACUCUUAAAUUCUGAUAUAAAUAAAUAUCCUUACUCCUGCCCAUUUGUCAUUACCUUAUUUCUUAUCUUUUCACAACCAUCUUGCAGAAUUUUAUUGUUUCAGGCUGAAAGAGUGAGGGUUGUGAUCAACUCAGUAUACCACUGGAGGUUAUAAGAGUAAACAGCAAACAGUUCUCAUAAAUGCAGAAUGUUGGCAAACUGACAAACUGCAUCUGCCGCCCAGAAGGAAUGAAUGCUGAGGGAAUUCACGCCCCAAGCGCAGUGUUUCUUGUGAUUAGGCACAUUUGAAGCCUGUUAGCAGUAAUGUGAACCUGUGAUCAAUCAAGCAGCUGACCAAUCGUUAUUUGCUUCUCUCUGCUCCUUCCACCCAGUAAAUAUGAAGGGCUGUAGAAGCUGAGGGCUGCUGCCUUUGCUCACUAGAAGCAAGGAGCUCUCUUCUUCUUCCCCGGACUUCUUCUUUAAAACAGUGUCUUUUGUUUUAAGUUUUCAUUUCUGCAUUUGUCCCCCUUCAUUCAGUCCUGUGGUAACCGUAGUAACUGUGGCAAACUGCGGCAAGUGGCACCCAAACAGGGACGAACAGGGACAGAUAGGGACAGAUAGAAACUAGCAGAGACUUGCAGGGACAGGGAGGGACAGACAGGGACAGAUAGGAUCCUAUAGGGACUUGAAUGAGGAAGGUCUGCUGGAACAGAGAAAGUGAGACUGACCAGACGAACAAGAAACCCCUUUACAUGUCUGCCAGCGGCAAUAUAAGGUCAGUGCCCUAAAGAGGUAAAGAGAACGGGAAGUUUUUGAAUCAGGGUAACAAGGAAGAAUUUGGCUAUUUCUUUUCUCUUUUCUGUGUGGAAUUUGGUUCAUAUUGUCCCUUUGUCAUUAUUUCAAAAUUCGAGAGAAUUUUUUGCACCACCCACAGCACCUAUCAAGGGUGGUGAACAGAAGAGGGAGGAUGAAAAUUGCCUUGUACGGUCUUCUUUUAUGGCUACAGGAAGGCUAACUUUAACUUUGGCUUUUGAGAUUGCAAACGUGGACUGUAAAUGUGCACUGGCACCUGUGAGAUGUACAAAAAACUUGGGAGGUUUUCUCAGAGCUUGUCAAGAUAUGGGAACUGAGCUUCAUUGCUCUACAAUGUUGGUUCAAGCAAUGGCCGAUUUGGUAGUUGAUCCAAGGGGACUAAAGUGGGAAAAUGUCAUAAGUGUAGAAAAAUUGGACAUUUCGAAAAAGAAUGCUGUCAGACCUCUGGGCAGAAGGGAUCUUAUAACACGGUUCCCCUCUCAACAGAAAAAAUGCCAGGACUUUGCCCUCAUUGCAAUAAGGGAAAUCAUUGUGCUAAUCAAUGCCAUUCAAAAUGUCAUCAAAACGGCACCUCCCUGUUGGGAAAUGAGAAGGGGGCCUGGACCCGGGCACCUCAAACAAUGAGGACAUUCCCCAUCCAGGCCACAAUUCUGUUUCAGGGGUGGGUCUCCAGAGGCAUAUUGAUUCCCUCUCCCUAGGAACACCUGGAAGUGCAGUAUUGGAUUUCCCAGUCAGAGAACUGGUUACAUUAAUUGGAGGAAACAAACCCACUAAGAUUCCCACUGGUAUUUGGGGACCUUUGCCAACAGGAUACAUGGGAUUAAUUUUGGGCACAAGUCAUCUUAACUUAUAGGGCAUUACUAUAGUCCCAGGAGUUGUUGAUUUUGAUUGUGAAGGAGAAAUUCAGGUAGUGGUAAUGUCACAAGAUCUUUGGGUUUUUGAACUGGGAAAAUAUAUUGCUCAACUGUUGCUUAUUCCCUGUAAAUUGCACCCUUCUCCACGAAAGGAGAGAUGAGGUAAUCGAGGGAUUUGGAAGUACAACUACAUGGGAAGUUUAUCACAACCCAUAGUAUCUAGUAGACCCACUUGUGCAGUGCAGAUUGAAGAAAAGAAGUUGUGUGGGCUUAUGGAUAUGGGAGCAAGAGACUGGUCUCUCAUGGUGAUAGAUCUUGAGGAUUGAUUUUUUUACUGUGCUAUUGCACGAGAAGAAUAAACCUUGAUUUGUUUUCUCUGUGCCUUCUGUUAAUCAGAAAGAGCCUGCCUCUUGUUAUCAAUGGAAAGUUUUACCCCGGGGUAAUUAACCAAAGAGGCAGAAGCUGAGAUACAGCUUGUGGAGCAGAUGCUUCAGCAACGGCAUGCCUCCUGGCUGCAGCCACAAAAGCCUUUGCUUUUGUUUGGGUUGAUUUACUAAUGUGGGGAUGAGGGUAUGCUUGUGUUUUUAUAGGAAAUGUACAAACCGUGUGGGUGCCCUCAAGAUGUGUGCAACCACGGAACUGGAGACUGGAGGGAGCCAUGGAUCCCAACCACCGGCUUGGUUCCCCCAGUAGGAGCCAUAAGCCAGUUGAAUUUGAAUGUGAAGACUGAACGAACCACCAACCGGCAAUUAAGGGCUGCACAGCCUGCAACUGCCUUUCUCAAUUAAUUAAAAAACAAAGGGAGAGAUGGUGCAGGCCGAAAGAGUGGGGAUCGUGAUCAACUUAGUAUACCACUGGAGGCUAUAUGUGUAAACAGCAAACUUUUCAUAAAUGCAGAAUGUUGGCAAACUGACAAACUGCAUCUGCCGCCCAGAAGGAAUGCUGAGGGAAGUCACGCCCCGAGCGCAGUGUUUCUUGUGAUUAGGCACAUUGAAGCCUGUUAGCAAUAAUGUGAACCUGUGAUCAAUCAAACAGCUGACCAAUCGUUAUCUGCUCCUCCCUGCUCUGUCUACCCAGUAAAUAUGAAGGGCUGUAGAAGCUCAGGGCUGCUGCCUUUGCUCACCAGAAGCAGGGAGCCCUCUUCUUCCCCUGAUCUCUUCUUUAAAACAGUUGCUUUUGUUUUAAGUGUUCAUUUCUGCAUCUGUCCCCCUUCGUUCAGUCCUGUGGUAACCGUAGUAACUGUGGCAAACCACAGCAUUUUAUUUCAUAUAAACAAAUUUCUGAAGCUAGAUAUAGCAUGACAUAAUUUUGAACUGUUUGAACUUCUGAAUAACUAAUGCACGUGUUUUCAACAUAUAAAACAACUCCCUCUACAUUAGUGAAAUAUCUAACCCUACUAGCCCUAAUGUUUUCUACGUUAGAGCUUGGGUAGCUUAAGGUUCUUUCCUUGCCAAAAAUAUUACCACAUAUUACAGAAAGUUUAAAUAAAAUGGGAUUUGAAUUUUCAUUUUCCUUUUUCCAUACAACUUCAUUUUAUUUUUGGGAAUGUGAUGUGUCAUUUUCUUAAUGUUGCUGUAAUCUAAGUUAUACUUAAUCUAAGCCUUUAGCAAUGAUGACAGGUGUUUGUAUGCAGGUGAUAUUUAUAUUCCUACGGAGUCUAACUUUUGGAAAAUUAAUUUGCAUGUAUUUUUAUUUCAUGACAUACAGUAAAGGUAACCUUCUCCAUAAAUGUUUGAUGUCUUACAGAAAAUUUCAGUGUAUUAGUUAUAACCUCUCUUAAUCUAUGCAUACCACAUGCAUGUAGAUUCAUUUAGAGUUUGGGAACAAAAUACAACUGAAACUGUUAAAGAGAAUGUUCUGAUUAGACUCUUCAAGACAUAGUGGUCUUCAUUCAAGGAGUAAAUCUCCUGCCAAGAGUUUCUAUCAUAAAAGUAAAAUAUUACAUUUUGAAAUGCUGUAUCACAAACCAAAAAUAUUUUGGAAACUCUCCAGAGCCCAUGGAUUUAUUGUGAUUUGCUUUUAAAUCAUAGUGCAGCACAGAUUAUAUAUUUAGAUGAUCUACAGUCUACUUAUUUUGUUAUGGCUGAAGUGAUUCAGCUUGUUUUUGAUAUAAAACUAUCAAAUAUGAGCCUUCUGUCCUCUAAAACAUAACACUAUACUUUGUGUGGGAGAAAAACUCUUGUUAAAGACAAAAUGUUCCCUUGAAUUCCAGUGUGAAAUCUGUAAUAAACUAACCUGCUUGAGUUAGUUUUCACAUUUAAAAACUUUUCUUAAUAGUAAUUUUUUGGUUACGUUAAGGAGGGUUGGAAUUUUGCCUAUUUUUUAGCAUUAGUCAGACUUUUUUCUUCACAGAAAAAUGAAAAACUACGUUUUCUCUGAAAUUUAAUGAUCUCUAUGGUUUUUGCUUUAAAAUAUGUACCCCAGUUUCUGAUCACUAUUAAAAUUUUUGAUAGUAUAUAAAUUAAUAUUAAGUAAAUUUCAUUCUAGAUGACCAAAAUGCUUGCUGUAUAGUGAUAAAAUGCAUACGGUUUUCUAGUCUAUAAUCAAAUGAAGCAAAGAUCAUAAUAAAUAAAAACUAAGAUUUCCCAGAUUCACUUAUUUCUAAGACACUUUAUCACAGAAAUCAUAUUUGCUACUAUAAGAUUAAUUGGGCCGGGCACAGUGGCUCACGUCUGUAAUCCCAGCACUUUGGGAGGCCAAGGCGGGCAGAUCUCCUGAGCUCAGGAGUUCGAGACCACCCUGGGCAACAUGGUGAAACACCCUGUCUCUACUAAAAAUACAAAAAUUAGCCGGAUGUGGUGCAUGCCUGUAGUCCCAGCUACUUGGGAGGCUGAGGCACGAGAAUCACUUGAGCCCUGGAGGCGGAGGUUGCAGUGAGCCGUGAUCAUGCCACUGCAUUCCAGCUUGGGCUAAAGAGUGAGACUCCAUCUCAAAAAACAAAAAAGAAAAAAAGUAAUUGGCAAUUAAGCUACAGACUUAUACUUAAUGACUCACUAUAAGUGAAAACUCUUAUUUUUUUUUCCUUGUUUAAAAAUAUUUCUGUCAAUGCUAUGGGAAAAUUCUACCUUCAAAACAAAAAAUAAAAUUAUAAAAACUACCCAAGAAUAUGCUUGCUUGUUAGCUUCUGGAGCAACCUCUACUGAGAAAAGGGUGAAAGCUAAUUACUAUCAUUCCUUAUUAUUCAGUAGCAGUUUAGUAUUCAGAAUUUAAAAGCUGAGAAUAGUGCAAUAUAUUGUGGGGCCCAUAUAAAUCAGCAGUAAAAUAGGAUUUUGUAUGCUGAAUAUUAAUUUGCAGGCUACAUUUCAAUACUGUAUUCUGCUUAAUAAAGGAUAUAUGUAAUAACAAGUUAUAAAAUGUCAUUUGUUCAAUAAACAUUUGUCAAGUAUAAAUAUUUGACCUGGUACAUGGUAUAAUAUACUUUAUAUCCCUUCUUAAGGGGUAUAAAAAUGAUUAUAAUAGAACCUGUGCCUUUACAUAUAGAUUAAGAGGGUAAAAGAGAUAUAUAAAUGACCACAAUAAAAAAAGACAUGUGCUAAGUACCAUGAGGGAUCUCAGGUCAUGUAUGUAACUUAGAAUAGAAAGAGAGAAUUUCUGGCUUAGGUAAUCAGAGAAGGUUUCAUGUUGUUUGCUGUGUGUUGUGAAGAAUGGAUGGGAUUAUGGAAGUUGGAAAUGUGAACAAAGGCCAUUGCUGGUAGAAAGACUAGCACAAGCACUGAGGGUGUGAGGGUGUGUGUGAAAGCUUGUUUGGAGUAAAGCAAAUUCUGUUUGGCAAGGGCAGUGAGUGGGAGGGGAAAGAGCCCAGAUAAUGGAGAAUCUUGUGUGCCAGCUAAGAUGUUUAAACUAGUGGGGGAGCCAUGAGUGUUUUUUUGGACUGAAGAGCAGCUUGAUCAGAUCUAUCUCUUAUAUGAUGCAUCGAAAAGCUCUAUGUUGCUUAGAUAAGGUAGAAAAGGUAGGAGACCAUAGAUAGGGUCACAUCUAUUAGGCUGUUGUAGUAAUUCAAGGGAAAGUUAAUCUAAGAAAGUAGCAGAGGAAAUGGAAAGGAUGGGUAUAUGUGACAAUGGCUAGGACUUGGGAAUGAAUGAACAAGGGUAUACAGGGUGUAAAGGUCAAAGAUGACUCCUGCCCUAGCUCAGGAUGCAGCACAGAUCUGGUGUUCAAUAAAUACAUAUUUAAGUGAAAAUUUUGGGUUUAAAUGACUGAAAGGGUGGACAGAAGUAGGAAAAUCAAGAAGUUGUUUGAGGAUGAUAAGAUCAUUUGUAUUUUAAAUUGAGUUUGAGCUGCUGGCAGGAUAUAUACAUUGAAAUGUCCUUAGAGAGUAGAAGCUGCAGAAAUGGAACUUAUAAUAGAAAUUGGAGUGUGACAAUAUAGGUAGGAAACAUAAAGCAGAAAGUUCAAAGGAAAAGACCAUUGGAUAUUGCUCAAGAUUUAGAAUAACAGAAUUAAGAAGAUCUGCCAAGAAAAUGGAAUAGAGGUUAAAGAGAUAGAGAAUGUUAGGAUAAUGGAAACUAAGUAAAGAGAAAAGAAUAUUUACCAACAAAGUUGGUAAAUGAAGAAAUGUAAAGAAAAUGAAUAUUGAGAAAGGACCACUGGGUUUCAUUUUUGAAGAAACAGUUUUAUUAGAUGGUAGGUAAGAUUGUAGGACGUGAAGGAACGAGAUGGGGUUAAAACUUGAGUAUUGUCUGGCAAAGGAAAGGAAAAGAUAGGUAAGUAGCCUGAGGACUAGCAGGCCAAGGGAAGGAAUUUUUCAGGCUAGGGGAAAACUAAAUAUUUUUUGUAAGUAAUUAACAAUUUGACAAAGAUGGAAAAAUGAAGAUGGACUUGGGGAGGCAGAGUGAGACAGAGUAAAGAGACAUGGUGGUCAAGAUUGAGAGUACCUGUGUCCAGUAAGACUGUCUGUAGUGAUGAAAAUAUUCUGUAUUUGCACUGCCCAAUUCAGAAGCCGUGAACUGCAUAUGACUCUUGAGCAUUUGAAAUGUGACGCCUUGUGCAACUGGAACACUGAGAUUUUUAAAUUUCAUUUAAUAUGAAUCAAUUUAAAAUUAAGUCACCACAUGUGGCUUGUGGCUACCUUAUUGGGGAGCAAAGAUACAGUGGAUAAAUACAGUAAUUAAUAGCAGGAAAGAGGGUCGGACACUGAGAGAUAAGGGACAAGUUCCAGAAAAAGUUUGAAGUACAGGUGGUGGUGUUUAAAGGAACUCAUAGUCAAAUAGUUUCAUUCUUUCCCAUAAAAUAGGUGGCAUCAUUUGCUGAGAAGGUUAAGGUAGGGAGCAUGAGAAAGAUUUCCAGCCAUGCUUGUGGAGAUUUCCAGUGGAGAAUCUAUGAUAGAUGAGAUGAAUCACAGCCGCAUUGUAAGCCCUCUGGAGUUGAGAGUGUGCAUUUGUUUUAGGUCUCUGCUUCCUUGUCUGGUGACUUUUUUCGGUAACAUUUCUAAACCUAAGAGAGAAAGGAAAAAAAGAAGGGCAGAGAGAGCAAGUUUAGUGGAGCUCUUUGAAAGGCUGGAAUGCUGGUGAAGUAAAUAAAUGCUGACGAUGAGCUCUUAACUAAGCACAAAGCAAGUAAAAAUAGGAAAGGACAUGGAUAAAGACUGUAGAGCCACGAGGUCAUAAGGGUGAAGAUGUAAGACUAUGGAAGACCAGCAAGGCCAUAAAAUUUUCCGUUGUAAAAAUUGCAGAUUUUAGAGGUAGAAUUUUCAACAGGAAAUGAGAUAAGAAAGAAGAAAUGUCUGUCGUUGGGUAAGAGGAAUAUGUAAGACAGAUGUACAUAUUUCCAAAUUGUUGAGGAGGAAUUUCAGCAUCCCUCGAAUUUUUUUUUGUUUUCCUGCAAUUUGCUUGCAAUAUUGUCUUUGCUCCAGACUUGCUAAUUCAACUUUGAAUGCAUGGUCUUUUCUUAAAUAAUCCAGGUUUGAGUAGUAAAAUUGAGAUUUAUCUUAUCUAUUUGCAGUGAUAUCCAAAUUCAUAAAAACUGAAUUCAGAGCCAGCAGGGACCUAUGAGAUCAUCUCAUCUAGUGUUUGGAUUUUGUAGAUAAGGAGACUGUAACCUCUUGAUUCAGUGAUGAGUUCAAGGUUACAUAGCCAGUGAGUGGUAGAGCUGAGACUAACUUCAAGUCUUCAGUGAUUCCCUGCACUGGGCUAUGACUUGGGCAGCAUAAUGCUCUGGUCUGAAGUUUUCAGUGGGUAUGGAACUAUUUGUACUCUGGAAACAUCAAAAUCCAAUAUAGAAUAUUAUCUUCAGAACUUUGGUAUAAUUAGUUUUUCUGAACUUGUACUUCCAAAUUACUAAACUAUUAAUUUGACCAUACUGAAAGAAAAAUCUUGCUGAAGCAGUAUCUACAAUGUACCACAGUUUACUUGUUCAUAACUGUUUGACAAUGCUAAGAAAAAAGAUAAAUAGACAAGACUUUUAAAUGUUAAUAAAUGUAACAGAAUCCGGAAUUGCAUUUUUGACUAGGUGCAGCUGGGAAAGAGUUUGUUAAUCAGCAGCUGUUUUAUCACUUUUCUAAAAGUACCAAGUGUUGUGCCUCUCCUGCAGGCUCUAGUCUCUUUUUCCCUCCCCCAUGCCCUUGUCUUCCUAAUAAUGAAGAAAGAUACCUAAAUAGUAUGAUCUACGACAAAAAGGAUACUGUUUUCAGAAAAUAUUAGAACAUCAUAAGGUCACUAGUACUUUUCUUUUCACUCUGAAUAAUAUAUUGAGAAACAUAUUGAAGUAAUUGGGGAUAAUAUUUAUUUAUAAAAUAAUUAUGUGUCCCAUGUGACAAUACCAAAAGUGUACUUUAGCUUGUCUAUUUUUACAUGGACCCCAAAUGUUUAAAUGAAGUGAUUAUACAUACAAAUCUGUAAUUUUGAUAAAAAUAUAAAUAAGAAUUUACAAGUUUCUGAGUUAGAGAAUACAGGUCUUUGGUUUUUGUGACACUAUAUUUAAUUUAAGGGAUUUCUUUAUAGGAUCAACAACUCUAGAACCUUUGUUUGCAUUUCUUGAAAGGAAAAGCACAGUGAAAUAGGAUUAGCUGCUUUAAUAAAGUGAACCAAAAUACUGUUCAGAUGAUCAAAGAGUGUUAAAAUACCUUCAUUUUUAUUUUAAUUCUUUAAUUCCAUUUUGUCAUGGGAAUUUUUGGUAUUACAGCAUUUGGCAUACAUAUGACAUGAAAUCAGCAUACCCUAAGAUUUUAGGGAUUGACUCCUUUAAUAUAUUUCCUCAAGUAAAUAUUUCACUCUUCCUUUUCCCUGUCCUUUUCCUUCCAAGAUUGGCUCUGUUUUAGGUGAAUUAGGAGAUACAGAGAUGAAAGUUACCUUUCCUACCCUCUAGGAGCUCAAACAUACAGUGGUUCUCAAAAUGUGGGUCCCAGAACAGCAGCAGCAGCAGUAUCCUGAGGACUUACUAGAAAAGCAAAUUCUCAAGCCCUACCCCAGACCUUCAGAAUCAGAAUUCUGGGGGAUGGGACUCAGGAAUCUCUGUUUUCAUCAGCCCUCCAGGGAAUCCUCAUGCACACUCAAGUUAAGAACCACUGGUCUAAUGACUGGAACUUCAUACCUUCCUUAUUUUUGAAAUUGGGAUAUAAGUCACAUCCGAAAAAAUUCACCAUUUUAAAGUAAACAUUUCAGUGGUUUUUAGUGUAUUCACAGGACUGUGCAAACAUCACCAUUAUCUAAUUCUAUAACAUUUUCACCAUCCAAAAAUAAACUCCAUACCUAUUAGCAGUCACUCCCCAUCCUCUGUCUCCACCCCUCAGCCCCCAGCAACCACUAACCUACAUUUUGUCUCUAUGGAUUUGCCUCUGCUGGAUAUUUCAUAUAAAUGGAAUCAUAAAAUAUGUGGCCUUUUGUUUCUUUCACUUAACGCAGUGUUUUCAAGGUUCAUCCAUGUUGUAGCAUGUAUCAGUGCUUCAUUUUUAUGGCUGAAUAAUAUUCCAUUGUAUAGAUGUACAUAUGUUGUUUAUCCACUCAUCAGUUAAUGGAUAUUUAGGUUGUUUUUACUUUUGGCAGUUAUGAAUAAGGCACUAUGAAUAUUCAUGUACAGGUUUUUGUAUGAACAUAUUUUCUGUCUGGUAUAUACAGUCAGUUCUCAUUAUUUGUGGUAGUUUUGUUCCUGAAGUCACUGCAAACACUGAAUUAGUGAAUACUGAAUUACUGGUUCUAGGAGAAAUACAGGAUUAGGUUCCUGUAAGACUCUGGUCACAUUUUCAUCAGUUGAUCAAUAUAUAACCUUGUUUUAUGUGUGUUUCUUUUUAAAGAUAUAUUUAUUGCUGAUUCAUUAACAUUGAGUGCAUGCCUAACAGCGCCAUAACUCAUGCCUGAACAAAGCGGCUUACCUAACCAGGUAUAUUUUCUGUGUGUGACAAGGCCUGUCACAGCCUUCUUGCACUUAGAGUAGACAGCACUUCAGCAUUACACUUGGGGGCUAUUUGAAACAGUGAACUCACCAAAAAAAAGCACAAAAUGUGAAAAACGUGGCACUAAAUCGACCGCAAAAGGGAGACUUGUUUACAGUAUGAGAGCCAAACACAAGAGGGUAGUCUUGUUUGAGUGACUCACGUUUUUCACCGCUCUGCCAAUUCACAUGUCUGAAUGACUGUGAAAGCACCAUGAGGAUUAUUUGGGGGUUACAAAUAAUUUAUAGUGAAUAAUCAUAUUUGCAAAUACAGAAUCCACAAAUAAUGAGGAUCAACUGUACUGAGAGUGUAGUUGCUGGGUCAUAUGGUAGUUCUAUGUUUAAUAUUUUGAGGAAUUACCAAGCUAUUUUUUUUUUUUUUUUGCAGAAGCUAAAGCAUGUUACAUUCCCGCUAGCAGUGUUUAAGGAUUCCAAUUUCUCCAUGUCCUUGACAACACUUGUUAUUUUCUGUUUGUUUGAAACAGAAUGGUGGAUGUGAAGUGGUAUCUAAUAAGAUACCACUUAUAAGUGGUUUUGAUUUGUAUUUCCCUAAAUCACUAAUGACGUUGAACAUCUUUUCAUGUGCAUAUUGGCCAUUUGUAUUUCUUCGUUAGAGAUGUGUCUGUUCAAACACUUUACCUCUUUUAAAUUGGAUUAUUUGUCCUUUUAUUGUUGAGUUGUAAGAGCUUUUAAAUAUAUAUUCUGAAUACUAGACUCUUAGAUAUAUGACGUGCAAAUAUUUUCUCCCAUUCUGUGAGUGUUUUCAUUUUCUUGAUAAUGUCUUCUGAUCUUCAAAAGUUUAUUUUGAUGAAGUCCAAUUUUAUCUUUUUUCUUUGUUUAUGCUUUUGAAAUUUUUGAAACUACUGUCCUCAUAUAGUUAGUACAUCCUGCUACAAGAAUUGCAUACAUAUUUUUAUUACCAAAGUCAUGAAGAGUUAGAUUUCACGGUUUCAAUAAAUUAUAACUUAUUUGCUAAGGGAUGUCAUUUGUAAAUUUAAAGCAUUUGUUUGUAGUAUUUAAGACAUUUUUAUGUUGUGGUUGUGGGAUUUUAAAUACUGGCAUCAUGAGGGCCAUAUGUUUAUAAAAAGCAGUGUCAAAUUUAUUUAACAAACUGCUGUUUUUGUUUGGAAAAUUGCAGAAAAACACUUAAAACUACUCUAACAUUUUAAAAGAAGAUUCUACCUCUUUUUAAAACCAUGAACUUUCUGUCCUAAAAGUAGGAUCUUGAGCCAUUUUGUGAAAGAACACAAGAAUCCCUGGAACUUGGAAAUAAAUGCAGAUUGGUGUUUAUUUGUGUUAUUUUAAAUGUAGUAGCACUGUGUGUUAGAAAACUGAAUCUGUAACACUUAAGUCAGGCUAAGCAAGCAAAUAAUAUCAGCUAACAUGGCUUUAAUCUACUAAGUAACUUAAAAUCCAAAAGAUCAAAGGAAGUUAUAACUAAAAACAGUCCUUCAUGCAGUUUCCCUGUGGAAGCAGGAAAAGGCUAGAAAUUACAUGUCACCUUCAUAUCCUGGCUUGCUGACCUUGUGCUCAGAUCAAGCCCCUCUGUAUGCCAGCUGUUACCAUUAUUAAGACCUUGCCCCAAGGGGUUAAGUAGGAGAAAAACUCUCAUGUCCUAUUGGAGAGCAAACACUGAAAGUUCCAGCCCCUAACAUGCCUAAUUCAAAGCAAUCUGCAUGUGCUUGUCAUUCAGUCUGUCCUGCCGCUCUGUGGAGCUGCGCCUGCCAACUCAUUGCUUUCUGCUGUGCUGUGAUCCUGCAGUCAGUUGCCGCUGUUGCUACUGCAAUCAUUUGCACCAAACUGAGCCAGAGAAGUUCCCUCUUUUAACAUAAAGUGUAAACUUUGAACGGCAUUUGGCAUUUUAACACAUUAAAAUCUUGUGAAGUUUAUUUAAAUUGUAGUCUAGCACAGUAAGAGUCAAGAAAUUGGAGCAUGGCUAUGAGCAAUGGAAACAAUGAUUUUGUGGUUCUGAGCAACAGCAGCAUCACAACCAGUGCUGCUAACCCGAGUCCCCUCACCCCCUGUGAUGGAGACCAUGCAGCCCAGCAGCUCACACCCAAAGAAGCAACAAGAACAAAAGUGAGUCCAAAUGGAUGCCUGCAACUUAAUGGCACAGUCAAAUCAUCCUUUCUGCCUUUAGACAACCAAAGAAUGCCUCAGAUGUUACCCCAAUGCUGCCAUCCUUGCCCAUACCAUCACCCUUUGACUAGCCAUAGCAGUCACCAAGAGUGCCAUCCCGAGGCUGGCCCUGCAGCACCCUCUGCUUUGGCCUCGUGUUGCAUGCAGCCACACUCCGAGUAUUCUGCAUCUCUUUGUCCAAAUCAUUCACCUGUGUAUCAGACUACGUGCUGUCUUCAGCCCUCUCCAUCCUUCUGCCUGCAUCAUCCGUGGCCUGACCAUUUUCAGCAUCAGCCUGUGCAACAGCACAUAGCCAACAUAAGACCAUCCAGACCUUUCAAGUUGCCAAAAAGUUAUGCAGCCCUGAUAGCCGACUGGCCGGUGGUGGUCUUGGGCAUGUGCACCAUGUUCAUCGUGGUCUGUGCCUUGGUUGGAGUAUUAGUGCCAGAGCUCCCUGACUUCUCUGAUCCAUUGCUGGGUUUUGAACCAAGAGGAACAGCAAUAGGCCAGAGAUUGGUCACAUGGAAUAAUAUGGUGAAAAAUACAGGAUACAAAGCAACAUUAGCAAAUUAUCCCUUUAAAUAUGCAGAUGAACAAGCCAAAAGCCAUCGGGAUGAUAGAUGGUCAGAUGAUCAUUAUGAAAGAGAGAAAAGAGAAGUUGACUGGAACUUCCACAAGGACAGCUUUUUCUGCGACGUUCCAAGUGACCGAUAUUCCAGAGUGGUAUUUACUUCAUCUGGAGGGGAGACAUUAUGGAAUUUACCUGCAAUUAAAUCAAUGUGCAAUGUAGAUAAUUCCAGGAUCAGAUCUCAUCCCCAGUUUGGUGAUCUCUGCCAGAGGACCACUGCUGCCUCCUGCUGCCCCAGCUGGACACUGGGAAACUACAUCGCCAUUCUGAACAAUAGAUCGUCCUGUCAGAAAAUAGUUGAGCGAGACGUUUCUCAUACCUUGAAGCUGCUUCGGACUUGUGCCAAACACUACCAAAAUGGCACUCUGGGGCCAGACUGCUGGGACAUGGCAGCCAGAAGAAAGGACCAGCUCAAGUGCACCAAUGUGCCACGCAAAUGUACCAAGUACAAUGCUGUGUACCAGAUCCUCCAUUACUUGGUGGACAAAGACUUUAUGACCCCAAAGACGGCUGACUAUGCCACGCCAGCUUUAAAAUACAGCAUGCUCUUCUCUCCCACAGAGAAAGGGGAGAGCAUGAUGAACAUUUACUUGGACAACUUUGAAAACUGGAACUCUUCUGACGGCGUGACUACCAUCACCGGGAUUGAGUUUGGUAUCAAACACAGUUUGUUUCAGGAUUAUCUUCUAAUGGAUACUGUGUAUCCUGCCAUAGCCAUUGUGAUUGUCCUUUUAGUCAUGUGUGUCUACACCAAGUCCAUGUUUAUCACUCUGAUGACAAUGUUUGCAAUAAUCAGUUCUUUGAUUGUUUCCUAUUUUCUCUAUCGUGUAGUAUUUCACUUCGAAUUUUUUCCUUUUAUGAACCUCACUGCCCUCAUUAUUUUGGUUGGAAUUGGAGCAGAUGAUGCUUUUGUCCUGUGUGAUGUUUGGAACUACACAAAAUUUGAUAAGCCUCAUGCCGAAACCUCAGAAACAGUAAGCAUCACCUUGCAGCACGCUGCCCUCUCCAUGUUUGUCACCAGUUUUACCACUGCUGCUGCCUUUUAUGCUAACUAUGUUAGCAACAUUACAGCAAUCCGAUGCUUCGGGGUUUAUGCGGGGACAGCUAUAUUGGUGAAUUACGUUUUGAUGGUCACAUGGCUUCCAGCAGUUGUUGUGCUACAUGAGCGGUAUCUUCUUAAUAUAUUCACUUGCUUCAAAAAGCCCCAGCAGCAAAUAUAUGAUAACAAAAGCUGCUGGACAGUGGCUUGCCAGAAGUGCCACAAAGUACUCUUUGCCAUUUCAGAAGCAUCUCGAAUUUUUUUUGAAAAAGUAUUGCCAUGCAUUGUCAUUAAAUUUCGCUACCUUUGGCUGUUUUGGUUCCUUGCCUUAACUGUAGGUGGGGCCUACAUUGUAUGUAUAAAUCCAAAGAUGAAACUGCCCUCACUGGAGUUAUCCGAGUUCCAGGUGUUCCGGUCGUCCCAUCCUUUUGAGCGUUAUGAUGCUGAAUACAAAAAGCUUUUCAUGUUUGAACGUGUUCACCAUGGCGAGGAGCUCCACAUGCCCAUCACAGUAAUCUGGGGCGUGUCCCCAGAAGACAAUGGCAAUCCACUAAAUCCCAAGAGUAAAGGGAAGUUGACAUUAGAUAGCAGUUUUAACAUCGCCAGCCCAGCUUCCCAGGCCUGGAUUUUGCACUUCUGUCAAAAACUGAGAAACCAAACAUUCUUUUACCAGACUGAUGAACAGGACUUCACCAGCUGCUUCAUUGAGACAUUCAAACAGUGGAUGGAAAACCAGGACUGUGAUGAGCCUGCCCUGUACCCAUGCUGCAGCCACUGGAGCUUCCCCUACAAGCAAGAGAUUUUUGAACUGUGCAUCAAGAGAGCUAUCAUGGAGCUGGAAAGGAGUACAGGGUACCAUUUGGAUAGCAAAACCCCAGGGCCGAGGUUUGAUAUCAAUGAUACUAUCAGGGCAGUGGUGUUAGAGUUCCAGAGUACCUACCUCUUCACACUGGCUUAUGAAAAGAUGCAUCAAUUUUAUAAAGAGGUGGACUCGUGGAUAUCCAGUGAGCUGAGUUCGGCCCCUGAAGGCCUCAGCAAUGGUUGGUUUGUCAGCAAUCUGGAGUUCUAUGACCUCCAGGAUAGCCUCUCCGAUGGCACCCUCAUUGCCAUGGGGCUGUCAGUUGCUGUUGCAUUUAGCGUGAUGCUGCUGACAACUUGGAACAUCAUCAUAAGCCUUUAUGCCAUCAUUUCAAUUGCUGGAACGAUAUUUGUCACUGUUGGUUCUCUUGUCCUGCUGGGUUGGGAGCUAAAUGUGUUGGAAUCUGUCACCAUUUCGGUUGCCGUCGGCUUGUCUGUAGACUUUGCCGUCCAUUAUGGGGUUGCCUACCGCUUGGCUCCAGAUCCCGACCGAGAAGGCAAAGUGAUCUUCUCUCUGAGUCGCAUGGGCUCUGCGAUUGCCAUGGCUGCCCUGACCACCUUCGUGGCAGGGGCCAUGAUGAUGCCCUCCACAGUUCUAGCUUACACCCAGCUGGGCACCUUCAUGAUGCUCAUCAUGUGUAUCAGCUGGGCUUUCGCCACCUUCUUUUUCCAGUGCAUGUGCCGGUGCCUUGGACCGCAGGGUACCUGUGGUCAGAUUCCUUUACCUAAAAAACUACAGUGCAGUGCCUUUUCCCAUGCCUUGUCUACAAGUCCCAGUGACAAGGGACAAAGCAAAACACAUACCAUAAAUGCUUAUCAUUUAGAUCCCAGGGGCCCAAAAUCUGAACUGGAGCAUGAGUUUUAUGAAUUAGAACCUCUGGCUUCCCACAGCUGCACUGCCUCUGAGAAGACCACUUAUGAAGAGACCCACAUCUGCUCUGAAUUUUUCAACAGCCAAGCAAAGAAUUUAGGGAUGCCUGUGCAUGCAGCUUACAACAGUGAACUCAGCAAAAGCACUAAAAAUGACACUGGCUAUGCCUUGUUACAGCCCCCUCUUGAACAGCACACCGUGUGUCACUUCUUCUCUCUGAAUCAGAGAUGUAGCUGCCCAAAUGCCUACAAACACUUGAAAUAUGGCCCACACUCUUGCCAGCAGAUGGGGGACUGCUUGUGCCACCAGUGCGCUCCUACCACUAGCAGCUUUGUCCAGAUCCAAAACGGCGUGGCACCUCUGAAGGCCACACACCAAGCCGCCGAGGGCUUUGUGCACCCCAUCACGCACAUCCACCACUGUCCCUGCCUGCAGGGCAGAGUAAAGCCAGCUGGAAUGCAGAAUUCUCUGCCUAGGAAUUUUUUCCUCCACCCAGUGCAGCACAUUCAGGCCCAAGAAAAAAUUGGCAAGACCAAUGUACACAGUCUUCAGAGGAGCAUAGAAGAGCAUCUUCCAAAGAUGGCAGAGCCAUCGUCAUUUGUCUGCAGAAGCACUGGAUCAUUAUUCAAAACGUGUUGCGACCCCGAGAAUAAACAAAGGGAACUCUGUAAAAAUAGAGACAUGAGCAAUCUGGAGAGCAGUGGAGGGACUGAAAACAAGGCAGGAGGGAAAGUGGAGCUGAGCUUGUCACAGACGGAUGCAAGUGUGAACUCAGAACAUUUCAAUCAGAAUGAACCAAAAGUCCUAUUUAAUCAUUUAAUGGGGGAGGCUGGUUGUAGGUCUUGCCCAAAUAAUUCACAAAGUUGUGGCAGAAUUGUGAGAGUGAAGUGCAAUUCUGUGGACUGUCAAAUGCCAAACAUGGAAGCCAAUGUGCCUGCUGUAUUAACACACUCGGAACUUUCUGGUGAAAGUUUGUUAAUAAAAACACUAUAAUAAAUGCAGCAUUCAAUUCA